AUGGCUUUGACCGUGGAAGUAGCAGUUUUCGUAAACACCAACUUGGGCACUCGCAUGGCCAUGGAUGUCUCACCAGAUAUCACAGCAAGAGACUUAAAAAGGGAACUUGAGGCACAGCACUUCAAUUGUUUCUGGAAUUCAGGAGAGAUCCGAGUUUCCAGAUUGAUGGUCAAGCGAAAAUCAUGCUUGUAUCACCUGCCUGAUUCAGUGCCGAUGAAGAGUGCUUUCCGGGGAGUGAAAGGAACAUGGUUUCUUCAUGUGGAAGCAAGAUUUUUGAGUGAUUGCAAUAGGCCAUGUUUACCUAAGUGUGCAGCCUCAAAACCUAAAUUUAGUAUUACUCAUCCUCUGCAUCCAGAGAAUAUUGUUACAAGCACUGCCAAGAGUAACACAAAAGGCCACUGUAAAAGGAUGUUGCGGGAAAAAUUAUUUCGAUGCCACAACUCUUUACUCGGAAAGCUCAGAAGACCUUUCUACUUUACAAAGAUAAGGAAAAGAAGAAAGAAAAUCUCCCCAGCAUACGAAGUGAAUAGAGUCCAAAUUGACAAGGAGAAGUUUCCUGAUUGUGCAUCUAAAUCAAUGAUAGAUGAGCCCACUCAGACUUCAUCAGAAGUAGUAUCUGUAUCCGGCAUUAUUCACAGAUACUUUUCGAAUCUUAGUGAAGAUGGCGGUCCUUCAAGUCCUACAAGGUCUGUUACAUCCAGAGUUGUUCAAAGUUGGCCUGAAGAACACUUGAAGACUAAAGCAGAUGAUAUUUGUUCGAGCAUACAAGUUAGCCCCUUAAGCCAGUUUUCUGCCAAAAGGACCGCAAAGCCGGUAUGUUUACCUUCGCCUACUGGCUAUGGUCAAAGAAGAUAUAAGCCUAAUAAACCUGAAGUUGGAAAGCGUCUUGUCGUGGCGUCAUAUAGUCUUGGGAUUUCUCCAAGUAAGGAACACCCUGCAAUAUCUUUGCAGCUUCGAAGGUGA